AUGUCGCUCAGGCCAAGCGCGAGGACGGAGGUGCGCCGCAACCGCUACAAGGUUGCGGUUGAUGCUGAAGAAGGACGGAGGAGGAGAGAAGACAACAUGGUGGAGAUCCGGAAGAGCAAGAGGGAGGAAAGCUUGCAGAAGAAGAGGAGAGAGGGUAUGCAGGCUCAGGCCUUCCCUCCGCCCGUCCACGUCUCCGCCGUUGAGAAGAAGGUACCAAGAAUCGCACCCACCUGGUUCGAUCUCUCAUAUUUUUUUCUCGAUUUAGACCCUUUUGGCGCUUUGAUCUUUCUAUUCUGCCUUCCGAUCGAAGCAUAGGGUUUUGAAUAUCAGCAACUUUACGAUAUCCCAGGAUUUCUUGGCUGCUGAAUACCUGUCGAGGGCUUUAGAUUUGGCCUUCGAGGAUUGUUUCUUAUGGUAUUUGCGUUUUAAAUUAUUAGCUGGAGAGCCUGCCCGCAAUGGUAAAUGGGGUUUAUUCCGAAGACAACAUUAUGCAGCUCGACGCUACCACACAAUUCCGGAAACUGCUAUCUAUAGGUACUGGAAAUAUCGUUUACUUGGCUUCUUUUUUAUUAUGGAUUUUUGUGUGAAAUCGCAUGUGACACUGUUUACCGAAACCAUUAAUCAGAGAGAAGCCCCCCCAUUGAAGAGGUGAUCCAAUCCGGUGUUGUUCCUCGUUUUGUUGAGUUCUUAAGGAGGGAAGAUUUCCCUCAGCUCCAGGUAUGAGCUCUUGCUCUUGAUACGUUGUCGUCACGAAAUCUACUCUUGCCUUAUAGAGGCUUUGUUGAUGAUAAGAAUUUUUUUCUAUAUUCAAUAGUUUGAGGCGGCUUGGGCCCUCACGAACAUUGCCUCUGGCACAUCAGAGAACACCAAAGUUGUGAUAGAUCAUGGAGCAGUGCCCAUAUUUGUUCAGCUUCUUAGUUCCCCCAGUGAUGACGUCCGUGAGCAGGUACGUGUGGACUUAUAAUCCUAUAUUUGCUUAUAGGGUUAUCCUUUUAUAGCCUUUCUUGCUAUUAACAGGUCGUUCCUUUUGUUUAUUUUUUAUUAGGCCGUGUGGGCUUUGGGGAAUGUUGCCGGGGACUCCCCAAAAUGCAGAGAUCUCGUUCUGGCCCAUGGUGCCUUGAUACCACUUCUCAGUCAACUUAAUGAGCAUUCAAAGCUUUCUAUGCUCAGAAAUGCUACAUGGACAUUAUCUAACUUCUGUAGAGGCAAACCACAGCCUUCUUUUGAGCAGGUUUGCUUUCUUCGACAUUUAACCAGGCUACGAUUGGAUUAUUAUCUUUUUAAUAUAAAUUUUCUGUUUUGUUCGGCAUUCAUAACGUGCUUUGGUAUUUCCCAUGAUUGGAUAGACAAAACCUGCGCUUCCUGCACUUCAACGCCUAAUUCAUUCCAAUGAUGAGGAGGUUCUCACUGAUGCAUGCUGGGCUCUUUCAUAUCUGUCUGAUGGAACUAAUGACAAAAUUCAGGCGGUAAUCGAAGCUGGUGUCUGCCCACGUCUUGUUGAACUACUUCUGUAUGUAUCAAAUUGUUUGGUGCCAUCUUCCGCUUUUAUUAUUUCAUUUCGUAUAUUGUACGGCAGUUGGUUAUCUUCCAACCAUAGUUGAUUUUUUCUGUCUUCAUCAGCCACCCUUCACCUUCAGUAUUAAUUCCUGCCCUCCGAACAGUUGGAAACAUUGUUACCGGUGAUGAUCUGCAGACUCAGGUAGCACUUGCCUUUUGACAUUGUUUUAUAUCGCUUGUCUACCCGAGUAUCUAUUAUCGUACCCGCAUACCCUUUCAAAUGGUAGAAAUCAUUUUUUUAAUGAGAAACUAAACGUCAGAUGUGAAGAUGCUCAUGCGACCACUUUCAAACUUUUUUGUCAUGCGAUUUAUUAAGCGAUGAUAUUAUCGUUUGUUUCAUGAAACAUUCAUGCUUUCCAGAAAUAAUUCUCGAGAGGUAUUCUUAAGUAAAGCAUUCCAAAUAUUUCCUAGGUACAACAUUUCCUAUUUCCAGCAAAACAAAUAUCAAUCAUACACAUCAGUUGGUAAUCACUAUCAGUACAUAAUUCUACAAUAUUUGGUCAUCGAAGAAGCUAGUCUGCCUGGAAAAUAGUUUUUAUAAAAGCGCGACUUGUCUACGUUUGCAUACCGUUGUUUGGCACCAUGAUCCAUUAUGUAGUAACGAUUAAAGCGAGACGUACACUAAAUGCCAUUAUGUCAAGAAAACAUUAGGAAACGUCUAUUAUUCAUCUCGUCUCUUUUAUUGGUGUAAAUGCCCGUCACUUUUGAUGCUUGAAAUAGCUGUCAUUCUGAGUUCUUAGUAGUCUCCCACUCAUGAUGCUCUGCUUAAUUUUUAACAAAUCACCUUAAUAGUAGCAUAUCUUUUCUCUCAUGGUUAGUUGUUGAGCUGAUAGUUUUAUUUUUUCUGAUGUUAUGAAUGCUUAUUAUCUCCCCCCCCCCCCCCCGGCACUCGUUCUCCCCCUCCCUCCCUCCCUCCCUCCCUCUCUCUCUCUCUCUCUCUCUCUUUAUGUUUAACAUUUUGAAAUCUAUUUUUAGUUCUUUUUUGGUUGAAUUUGACAGUACUUCCCCUGCUUUCUCAUGUUAUAAUUGAGUUUUAUGUGUUCUGGUCACACAGUCUCUUUUUUUCUUAGUUGAAGAGCCAACAUGCUUUUGUAAGAAGUUUUUUUUUUUUGUUAAUUUUGUGCCUAAAGUAAGAUUGUGAUCACAGGUUUUUUCUUUGUCCGAGUUUUCCAUGCAUGCAGAUAGCAUAGUCAGUAGGAAAAUGAGGCAUAAUUACUGCCAUCAAGAACUUUAUUCUGUCCAAGCAUGCCGUGCCUUCUGAAAUCUUAAACAGAUGAAUAGUGUUACCUUGUUUUAUACAUUUUAUUUUGGAAGAAUUUUUCGCUGUGUUUUUAAGAACUGGUCCUAUCCUUGUUAACAUCCAUUUGAUGUGAUUUUAUUUUUAUUUUUCUUAUUUGCUAGAAUCAUCUUGUAAUUUUUUUCGUCUCUUGCAGUAUAUCAUUGAUCAUCAAGCUCUCCCUUGUCUCCAUAACCUUUUGACCCACAAUCACAAGAAAAGCAUUAAGAAAGAGGCUUGCUGGACGAUUUCAAACAUCACUGCCGGCAACAAGAGCCAGAUACAGGUUUGUAUACCAGACCACAUUAUGCCCAGACCUUGUUCUUUCCGCAUGUCAGAUACCAUGAGAAUAUGAUGUUUCUGUGCGCCUCUAAUUGAAUUUUUUUACGCUAUGUGUGACACUCGAAAAGCGACGUUUAGAACUGGAUUAUAAUUUCGUGCCAGCCGUUAUGCCCUCAAGUGGAAAAAUGCUUUCAGAUUGGGGUUUUAGUCUGUCCUAUUAAUACCCUUGAAUGUAGGGCGAUCAGUACACCUAUCCAAAUGUUCUUAUCAAUUAGUUUUUUCUGCGUCUCCAAGAAAAAAAGUUAUUUGCUAAUUGAAUGGCAAUGCCAGUUUUUUCUUCGAGGACUGCAAACGUUUCAUAACUCUUACCAUCUAUUCAAUGUUCUUACAUGCUUUUAAUCACCGGGCUCUUGGUCUCAGGCUGUGAUUGACGCCGAAAUCAUUGGUCCCAUCGUCCAUUUGCUUCAAACGGCGGAGUUUGACAUCAAGAAGGAGACCGCCUGGGCGAUCUCAAAUGCCACCUCUGGUGGAACCCAUGAGCAGAUCAAGUAUGAAUGAUACAAUCUCUCUCUGCGAUGUUCCUGCUCGCCCGGGCACGCCUGUUUCAUCCUUUCCUCCCAUGUAUGUCCGCCUGGUAGGUUUCUGGUCAGCCAAGGCUGCAUCAAGCCUCUCUGCGAUCUUCUCGUCUGCCCCGAUCCGAGGAUAGUCACGGUCUGCCUGGAGGGCCUGGAGAACAUACUUAAAGUUGGGGAAACUGACAAGAACUUGGGCGCGACGAAUGGCAUCAACGUCUAUGCGCAGAUGAUCGAGGAUGCCGAGGGGCUGGAGAAGAUCGAGAAUCUUCAGAGCCACGAUAACACCGAGAUCUACGAGAAGGCCGUGAAGAUCCUCGAGACCUACUGGCUGGAGGAUGAGGACGAUGCGAUGCCGACCAACGACGACGGCCAAGCAGGAUUCCGCUUCGGCAACAGUAACCCCCCCGUUCCUUCCGGCGGCUUCAACUUCGGCUGA